CGUACCUGUGAGUAUGUGUUUGCAAAUUUCUUUCUACUAACAUAUAUAUAUGUAUAUAUUUGGAUACUUCUCUUGUCAAGACGAUUCUUCUGGAUUUAUUGAAUUAAAAUGGGAAGUUCUAACUCUCGUCCACAAACUCCACCACGUCCACGAACUCCACCACCACCUCCGUUCUUUGAUGAACCAUGGAGGAAAAUGCCUUGGGGGAAUAAACAUGAUUUAGAAGUUAAACUGAGGAACUUUAAGCUCAGCAAUCCUGAUGUUAAGUUUGUCAGGAUUCUGAUUGUUGGUGAAGUCGGAGCAGGAAAGUCCAGCUUUAUAAAUUCCAUCAAUAAUGCUUUCCAAGGACGAAUCACCUGUGGGGCUCUUGUUGAUACAGCAUCUGGAACCAGUUUCACAAAAGUUUACAAAACUCAUAACAUCAGAGGAAAGGACGACUGCAUUCUGCCUUUUGUCUUCAAUGAUAUCAUGGGACUUGAACCUGCAGAUAAUAAUGGUGCACAUGUACAGGACAUUGUCUCAGCCUUAAAGGGGUUUCUUAAGGAAGGAUACGAAUUUAACCCUGCUAACCCCGUGUCCAAGAAUGACAACAACUACAAAAAUAAUCCCAGAGUUUCUGAUCAAACCUUCUGCCUGGUCAACAUUAUAUCAGGUGACAAAGUGUCGUUCAUGGAUGAUAAGGUUGUUCAAAAGAUGAAAAAGAUCCGUGAGGAGGCUUCAAAACAUAAUUUGCCUCAAGUAAUCGUCAUGACAAAAGUGGAUGAAGCCUGCCCACUGGUUAAAAAUGACCUGACUAAAGUCUACACCAGUAAGAAGGUCAAAGAAAAGAUGCAAGAGUGUAGCAAUCGGCUGGGUGUUCCAAUGAACAACAUUUUUCCAGUGAAGAACUACCAUGAGGAGUCGGACACAGAUGUUAACAUGGACGUUCUGAUCCUCAAAGCACUUGAGCAGAUUGUGAAUGUUGCUAAUGAUGCUCUGAAAAAUCUAAACCACUGUGACAAAAUUGAGUGAAGCCAUUUUUCUCCCCUACACUAGAGUGGUCAUACAGGUAGCAUAAGCAGUAUUAAUAAAUAAAGCAAAAAUAACAAUAAAUAAAGUGA